UUCCGACCUGCUAACACUAGCUAACACUAGCAUCAGAGCAGAUGAUUGGAUUGUUUUUAAAGCUAGCCUGCUAGCUGGCGUUAGCUGGCUGCUGACAUCUGUGUAUCGGUGUUGGUGUGCCCUUUUUAGACUGGUGGCAUAGUGGUGGUUAAUUAUAUUCAAUAUCCUACAUGUUUUAGCAGUAAUGGUGGAAGCACAGCAGCGUGUAAAGGUUACCGCUUUGUAGAGGAGGGCUGUCAGCAGCAGCACACACCGGUUGUAGGUGCUGAGAUGUAGCCGAUGAAAUGGAGUAUGAUGAGAGACUUGCACUUUUCCGCCAAACCCGCCUCAAUCCCUUUAAUCGUGGAGACGAAGAAGAUGGUCCCCAAGGAGGCAAGACGCCCCCACAGCACGAAGCAAGGUCUGAGCUGUUCUCUGGGACCCGGACCCACAGUUCAGAUCGUACCAUGGACCUUGGUCUAGCUGAGGACCACUUCUCGAGGCCUAUGGGUUCGUUUGUGGCGUCCGACAUUGAACAGCUCAAACUGGCCAUAGAGGAGUGUAAAAAGCUGAUCUUGGAGCUGCCAGAACACUCGGAGAGACAGAAGGACACUGUGGUGAAACUUAUCCACCUGCGUCUCAAACUGCAAGAGCUUAAGGACCCUGAGGAGGAUGAGCCUAAUCUGAGAAUCGUACUGGAGCACCGUUUUUCCAAGGAAAAGAGCAAGAGUGUCAAACAGACCUGUGACAAGUGUAGCACUAUCAUCUGGGGCCUUAUCCAGACUUGGUAUACCUGCACAGGUUGCUAUUACCGUUGCCAUAGUAAGUGUAUGAACAUGAUCACCAAGCCUUGUGUCAGAUCUAAGGUCAGCCACCAGUCGGAAUACGAGCUCAGCAUCUGCCCUGAGAUAGGACUGGACCGGCAGGACUACCGCUGUGCUGAAUGUCGCACACCCAUUUCACUGAGGGGCGUGCCGAGUGAAGCCAGACAGUGCGACUACACAGGCCAGUAUUACUGCAGCACAUGCCACUGGAAUGACACGGCCAUUGUCCCAGCUCGUGUCAUCCACAACUGGGAGUUUGAACCACGCAAGGUUUGUCGCUCCUCAAUGCGCUACCUGGCCCUGAUGAUCCCGCGACCUGUGCUGAAGCUGAAAGAAAUCAACCCGCUGCUAUUCAACUUUGUGGAGGAACUGGUCGAGAUCAGGAAACUACGUCAAGAUAUUCUGUUGAUGAAACCCUAUUUUAUUACCUGUAAGGAGGCCAUGGAGGCUCGCCUGUUACUACAGCUACAAGAUCGCCAGCACUUUGUGGAGAAUGAUGACAUGUACUCACUACAGGAUUUGAUUGAUAUCUCUAGUGGCAGACUCAGCUGUUCCCUCACAGAGAUUCACACCACAUUUGCUAAGCACAUCAAACUGGACUGUGAGCGUUGUCAGGCCAAAGGAUUUGUGUGUGAGCUGUGUAAGGAAGGAGACAUCCUGUUCCCUUUUGACAGUCACACCUCUGUCUGCCACGAGUGCUCUGCUGUCUUCCACAGAGAUUGUUACUACGACAAUUCCACAACUUGUCCACGAUGUGCCCGAAUGACCGAGCGCAAGCAGGACGACGAUGUGAAAGAUGCAUAAUUCUGGAGAGGACCACCUGAUGUGACUGGAAGUCUCGCGUUGUGUUCUAUUCAGUCAAGACAGUCUGAUAGAAGACUAGCUUCUCGUCUUUGUCCUUGGUUUGUUUUGUGCAUAUGUUUACUGAAGUGUCUUUAUCUUCAUGUGCACUACAUAAUGAAGCAGGGUAUUUAGAAACCCAUCUGGAAAUUAAUAUAUAUAUAUUUUUAUCCAACUUUUUAAUCCAUACUGAAAUUGGAUGUACUGAACACUGUGUAUGUGUGUCGGUGUGAGUGAUUCACAUUAGUGCGUGUGUCUGCUUGUAUAAAUGUACAAAAUAAAUGCCCUAUAGAGAAAAGCCAACUUAUCAAUAGGUGAUUAUGCAUGCAGGAGUUGUAUACGGUAUUAACUAUUACAAGCUUCGAUUGCAUUAAGCUAUACUGCCAACAUUGCUGAAUACUAAACUUUAAGGUUGCCAUAUACGAUGUGAUUAUAACUCCAGCUUCCAAAGACAAAAUCACAAAAAAAUAUAUUAACCAGAAAUUUGCCUUUCAGCUUCCAAUUGUGUUUUUAUUUUAAAAACAAAAACCAGUAAACAUGCUCUAAAGUUAAACGAGUGACCUUGCACUGAGCUGUUGUUUCCAAGCACCAGAUAGUAUAAUGCAUAGUGUUUAUUUAGUUUCAAAUAAGUAAUGAAGUAAAUCUGUUAGACUAUGUGAUCAUAACAUCACUGUAACUUCCUCUUUUCCCCUUUUUACACAUAUUCCUUCAUCAGUUCCAACACUGUUUACCUGUUUUCCUUUCAGAGUCAUAAUCUGUUGAUCUGCUUAACAUUUCAUAAGAUCUUCAAAAUAUUUCCAGGCCUUUAAAGCAAUAUUUCUUUUGAGCAGUCCAUUUACACCUCACCCUACAGUAUAGGUCUGCUUUAAGUUUGAUUGAUCAAUUAGCCACCCUGGAUACCGGAAAAAUAAACAUGGCUUGCAGUUGUUAGACAAGAAAGGUGUAUAUACGUAUAAUCAAUAAAACCAUAAUUUGAAAUAUAAAAACAUAUAUUAGCAAUAGAUACAUAAUCAAAGCAUGCAUCACCAAUACAUUUUCUUUUAAGGAGAAUUUAAUUUAACUUUAAAAAUAAAAAAAGGCAUAUGGGAGUUAAAUGUGCUUUCAUGUAUUCAAAACUGUGAACUCAAUGUACACUGUUUAAUCUGUGUUUAAUCUGGUUCAGUCUAGUGCAGUGUGUAGCAAAAUGAUGUGAAUACUCAUGAACAUUGUGUGCCUAAGAUUGUCAGGUAACAUACAGCAGUUAUCCAAACGUCUUAAUACAUGUUAAUGGUUUCAGUCUUAAAGUACCUAUAACACAUUUUGUCCAGAGAUGACGAAGAUGUUAAGUGACACCUUUGGUAAUGUGUAAAUGUUGACCUAAAGUAUUUGUUUUAAAAUAAUGAGUUAUGGCUGUGUUAUCUUUCAGCAUGAUGUACUGUAUUUGUUUUUGUUUUUUCAAACUAAUGGACAUAUGUGGUGUUGGUGAAAGCCAUGCCCUCUUGGAGAACAUGUUUGAGUACUGCAUGAAUAAAGUAAUGAAAUGCAUUAAA